AUGGCCAGCAGCACCAGCAGCUACCCUCUCGUGCUGCUCCUGCUGCUGGCGGCCACGGCCGCCGCAGCAGCAGCCACCGAGGCGUCCGGCUGCGGCGGCAACGCGACCACCGCGACGUCAUCGCCGACGGCGUACGAGAUGCUGGAGCGGUACGACUUCCCGCGGGGCAUCCUGCCGGCGGGCGUGUCCGGGUACGAGCUCCGCGGGGACGGCAGCUUCGAGGUGUACUUCCCGCGGCCCUGCGAGUUCCUGCUGGCGGGGACGUGGCUGGUCCGGUACGAGCCCCGCGUACGGGGCUCCGUCGCGGCCGGGUCGCUCAUGGCGCUGGACGGGAUCAGCGUGAAGGUGCUCUUCUUGUGGCUCGGCGUCGGCGAGGUGGACCGCGCGGGCGACACGCUCAGCUUCUACGUCGGCCCCGUCGCCACCUCGUUCCCGCUCGACGACUUCGCCGAGAGCCCGCGCUGCCGCGGCUAUGAUGAUGGUGGCGCCGGCGACGACGACGACUUCUUCCGGCGGCGGCGGCGGCCUCGUCGUGACGCGCGCGUGAUUAGUAUUUGUACAAUUGUAUGUACCUGCCGCCUUGAUGAUUUAGCUGGCAAUAUAGAUACGUGCAUCGAUCGAGACGAGCCGGCGAUUAGCUACUACUUUCAUUUUGUUCAUCAUGUGUCUUGCAAUUCUUUAAGCGUGCCUUCUCCUGAUUUAUGA